GGCUGCCCAAGUCGGGGGUGUGACCCGGUAACGCAAACUGGAAGUAGCCGUGAGGAGUUCCAGCCUCCAGUUUUUCCCCGCCUCUUGUAACGCAUUGGAAAAGCUUUGCGUCAAUCAUUAAAUCGUUACCCAAUGGCGACUCAUCCGGGCGUGCGCAUGGGCCAAAUCACUUCCCAUUUUUUUGGUCUCUCAAGAUUUUGACUGCGCGCGCGCCUAAGACAUCUCCCCGUCCUGUCACUUCGCUACUCCUCUGCGCUUGCGCACUUUUGCCGCCAGGUUUUCCUUUUCCGGGUCCUAGCAGGUUCUAACGGGCGCAUGCGCCAGUGCAGGCUGGCAGCUCGCGGCUCCUUCUUCCGGCCUCCCCUUUGCGCCGGCACCGGUAGAAGCGGGGCGAAGGCAGAGCCCUAAGCGAGUGACCUGCGACCCCGGAAGUGGACUUCAGGGUCCCAAGGAUUUCUCCGGUCUGGAGCCAGGGGACCUAUCACUGGCACUCCAAUAGCACCUAUUCCACGCCCACCUCUGGAUGCCGCCGACGGGUGCCCAGCCCGUGCCCUGCGCCUGCCUUCAGGCUCGGCCCCUUACAACAGUUCUGGGCCACCGGAGGGGGCCCAGGCUCCGCCUCUGAUGCAGUCCCACCCGAGUAUCCCGGCCUGAUCCGCUGACUGCCUGGGCCGGCCCCGCCCCCUGCCUGUGCCCUCGCCCUACCAAUCCCCUCCCCCAUUGGGGGAGGCCAUGGCGUGAAAUCUAAGUCGGACCCCGGGACCCUCGGGCACCAGCGGGGCAUGGGCCGGGGGCCGCCCCCAUGAGGGUCCCGGGAGGAGGGCGUGCGCAGCAGCGGCUGGGCCAUGGGGUCUCAGGUGUUGCAGAUCCUGCGCCAGGGGGUGUGGGCCUCGCUCACUGGCGGUUGGUUCUUCGAUCCGCAUCAGAGCACCUUCUCCAACUGCUUCCAUCUCUAUGUCUGGAUCUUCUUGCUCAUCUUUCCCUUCUUGCUGUACAUGGUCCUGCCCCCCAGCCUGAUGGUGGCUGGAGUGUACUGCCUGGUGGUAGCUGUCAUCUUUGCUACCAUCAAGACUGUGAACUAUCGCCUGCAUGCCAUGUUCGACCAGGGCGAGAUUGUGGAGAAACGCAACUCUACCAUGGGGGAGCAGGAAGAAGAAGCUGCCCAGGGGGAGAGCAGCCUUCCCAGGGACCCUGGUGUGGAGAUGACAGUGUUCCGGAAAGUGAGUUCCACACCUCCUGUACGCUGCAGUUCCCAGCAUUCCGUGUUUGGCUUCAACCAGGUGUCGGAAUUGCUGCCCCGGAUGGAGGAUUCUGGGCCCCUCAGAGACAUCAAGGAGCUGGUACGGGAGCAGGGCAGCAACAACGUGAUUGUGACCUCUGCCGAUCGAGAGAUGCUGAAGAUGAGCUCGCAAGAGAAACUGAUUGGAGACCUUCCCCAGACACCUCCAGGGGUUAUCCCAGACCCCUCUCUUCCCAGUACAGAUUCCUCCGAGCGUUCUCCCAUGGCUGGAGAUGGUGUUCCCUGGGGUGGGGGCGGUGUGGCUGACACUCCCAUGAGCCCUUUACUGAAAGGGAGCCUCAGCCAGGAGCUAAGCAAGAGCUUUCUGACUCUGACCCGGCCUGACCAGGCCCUAGUGAGGACCAGUAGUCGGCGGGAACAAUGUCGGGGAACUGGAGGCUACCAGCCCCUGGACCGGAGGGGCUCAGGUGACCCCAUGCCCCAGAAAGCUGGCUCUUCAGAUUCCUGCUUCAGUGGUACUGACAGGGAGACUCUGAGCAGCUUCAAGAGCGAGAAGACUAAUUCUACGCACCUGGACAGUCCCCCUGGAGGACAUGCCCCUGAGGGCAGUGACACAGACCCUCCUUCUGAGGCUGAGUUGCCUGCCUCCCCAGAUGCUGGGGUCCCCUCAGAUGAUACACUUCGUUCCUUUGACACAGUCAUUGGAGCAGGGACACCACCGGGCCAAACUGAGCCACUCCUGGUUGUGCGACCCAAGGACUUGGCCCUGCUUCGGCCUAACAAACGGCGGCCACCCAUGCGAGGACACUCUCCACCUGGUCAUACCCCAAGACGGCCCUUGCUUGAGGGCUCAGGCUUCUUUGAAGAUGAAGAUACCAGUGAAGGUAGUGAGCUGAGCCCAGCAUCCAGUCUCCGGUCUCAGCGCCGCUAUAGCACUGAUAGCUCCUCAUCUACUUCUUGCUACUCCCCCGAGAGCUCCCAAGGUGCAGCUGGGGGUCCUCGGAAGCGGCGGGCCCCCCAUGAGGCUGAAGAAGGAGCUGCUGUGCCCCCUAAGCGACCCUAUGGAACCCAGCGGACACCCAGUACUGCUAGUGCCAAAACCCAUGCACGUGUGUUGAGCAUGGAUGGGGCAGGGGGUGAUGUCUUAAGGGCUCCCCUGGCUGGCUCCAAGGCUGAGCUGGAGGCGCAGCCAGGAGUGGAGCUGGCUGCUGGUGAGCCUGCUGUGAUACCUCCUGAAGCCCGCAGGGGACCCGCUGCCAACCAGCCUGGCUGGCGAGGGGAACUGCAGGAGGAAGGUGCUGUGGGGGGAGCACCUGAGGAAACAGGUCAGCGGGAAUGCACAAGCAAUGUGAGGAGGGCUCAAGCUAUCCGGAGACGACACAAUGCAGGCAGCAACCCUACGCCUCCAGCCUCUGUCAUGGGCUCGCCACCUAGCAGCCUACAGGAGGCUCAGCGGGGCCGGGCUGCUUCUCACUCCCGGGCACUGACUCUGCCCUCUGCUCUGCACUUUGCCUCUUCCCUGUUGCUCACCCGAGCUGGCCCCAACGUACAUGAAGCCAGCAAUUUUGAUGACACCUCUGAGGGUGCUGUGCACUAUUUCUACGAUGAGAGCGGUGUACGGCGGUCGUAUACCUUUGGCUUAGCUGGAGGUGGCUACGAGAAUCCUGUGAGUCAGCCAGGGGAGCAGGCAGCCAAUGGAGCCUGGGACCGUCACUCACAUUCCUCCAGCUUCCACUCAGCUGAUGUGCCUGAAGCCACAGGAGGCCUGAACCUCUUGCAACCGAGGCCAGUGGUUCUUCAGGGUAUGCAGGUGCGCAGGGUGCCCCUGGAAAUCCCAGAGGAGCAGACAUUGAUGGAGGAGGCACCACCCCGGGCCCAGCACAGCUACAAGUACUGGUUUCUUCCUGGCCGUUGGACUUCUGUUCGUUAUGAGCGGCUGGCCCUGCUGGCUCUCUUGGACCGGACGCGCGGGAUAAUGGAGAACAUUUUUGGUGUUGGAUUGAGCAGCCUGGUUGCCUUCCUGGGAUACCUGUUGCUGCUCAAGGGCUUCUUCACUGACAUCUGGGUCUUUCAGUUCUGUCUGGUCAUCGCCUCCUGUCAGUACUCCCUACUCAAGAGCGUGCAGCCUGAUGCAGCAUCUCCCAUGCAUGGCCACAACUGGGUGAUUGCGUACAGCCGUCCUGUUUACUUCUGCAUCUGCUGUCUACUCAUCUGGCUGUUGGACGCCCUGGGGACCGCUCAGCCCUUCCCACCUGUCUCUCUGUACGGCCUCACGCUCUUCUCUGCCUCUUUCUUCUUCUGCGCCCGAGAUGUGGCCACUGUGUUCACCUUAUGCUUCCCGUUCGUCUUCCUCCUGGGCCUUCUGCCCCAGGUCAACACCUGCCUCAUGUACCUCCUGGAGCAGAUAGAUAUGCACGGCUUUGGGGGCACAGCUGCCACCAGCCCGCUCACUGCAGUCUUCAGCCUCACCCGAAGCCUGCUGGCUGCUGCCCUGCUUUAUGGCUUCUGCCUUGGUGCCAUCAAGACGCCUUGGCCAGAGCAGCACGUCCCUGUCCUCUUCUCAGUCUUCUGUGGCCUCCUGGUGGCACUGUCCUAUCAUCUGAGCCGGCAGAGCAGUGACCCAACUGUUCUCUGGUCUCUAAUCCGGAGUAAGCUCUUCCCUGAGCUAGAGGAGCGGAGCCUAGAGACGGCCCGGGCCGAACCCCCAGACCCACUGCCAGAGAAGAUGCGUCAGUCAGUGCGGGAAGUCUUGCACUCCGACUUGGUGAUGUGUGUGGUGAUUGCUGUGCUCACCUUUGCCAUCAGUGCCAGCACCGUCUUCAUUGCCCUGAAGUCAGUUCUGGGCUUCGUGUUGUAUGCGCUGGCAGGAGCUGUGGGCUUCUUCACACAUUACCUGCUGCCGCAGCUCCGCAAACAGCUCCCCUGGUUCUGCCUCUCACAGCCUGUGCUGAAGCCCCUGGAAUACAGUCAGUAUGAAGUGCGAGGUGCUGCCCAGGUGAUGUGGUUUGAGAAGCUCUAUGCUGGUCUGCAGUGUGUUGAGAAGUACCUCAUCUACCCUGCUGUGGUUCUCAAUGCUCUCACAGUGGAUGCCCACACAGUCGUCAGCCACCCAGACAAAUUCUGCCUCUACUGCCGGGCCUUGCUGAUGACUGUGGCGGGACUGAAGCUGCUACGCUCGGCCUUCUGUUGCCCACCCCAGCAGUACCUGACCUUGGCCUUCACCGUCCUGCUCUUCCACUUCGACUACCCGAGGCUCUCGCAGGGCUUCCUGCUUGACUACUUCCUCAUGUCCCUGCUCUGCAGCAAGCUUUGGGACCUGCUGUACAAGCUGCGUUUUGUCCUGACCUACAUUGCACCGUGGCAGAUCACCUGGGGCUCAGCCUUCCAUGCCUUUGCCCAGCCCUUCGCUGUACCACACUCAGCUAUGCUGUUCCUCCAGGCCCUGCUCUCAGGGCUCUUCUCCACACCACUCAACCCCCUGCUGGGCAGCGCAGUCUUCAUCAUGUCCUACGCAAGGCCUCUCAAGUUCUGGGAGAGGGACUACAACACUAAACGUGUGGAUCAUUCCAACACUCGCCUAGUGACACAGCUGGACCGGAACCCAGGCGCUGACGACAACAACCUCAACUCCAUCUUCUACGAGCACUUAACCCGCUCGCUGCAGCACACACUGUGUGGGGAUCUGGUGCUGGGCCGCUGGGGCAAUUACGGCCCUGGAGACUGCUUUGUUCUGGCUUCUGACUACCUCAAUGCGCUGGUUCACCUCAUUGAGGUUGGCAAUGGCCUCGUCACCUUCCAGCUUCGUGGCCUUGAGUUCCGAGGCACAUACUGCCAGCAGCGUGAGGUGGAGGCCAUCACAGAAGGUGUGGAGGAAGAUGAGGGCUGCUGUUGCUGUGAGCCUGGUCACCUGCCCCGGGUCCUGUCCUUCAAUGCUGCCUUUGGGCAGCGCUGGCUGGCCUGGGAGGUGACAGCCAGCAAGUAUGUGCUGGAAGGCUACAGCAUCAGUGACAACAACGCAGCCUCCAUGCUGCAGGUGUUUGACCUCCGCAAGAUCCUUGUCACCUACUAUGUCAAGAGCAUCAUCUACUAUGUGAGCCGCUCUCCAAAGCUAGAGACCUGGCUGAACCAUGAGGGCAUCGCAGCUGCUCUACGGCCUGUGCGAGCCCUUGGUUACGCGGACUCAGACCCUACCUUCUCACUGAGUGUUGAUGAGGACUAUGACCUUCGACUGUCUGGCCUCUCGCUGCCAUCCUUCUGUGCUGUUCACCUUGAGUGGAUCCAGUACUGUGCCUCUCGGCGAAGCCAGCCCGUGGACCAGGACUGGAAUUCACCAUUGGUCACACUAUGCUUUGGCCUAUGUGUGCUGGGUCGCCGGGCCCUGGGAACAGCCUCACACAGUAUGUCUGCCAGCCUGGAGCCUUUCCUCUAUGGCCUGCAUGCCCUGUUCAAGGGGGACUUUCGCAUCACCUCCCCUCGUGAUGAGUGGGUCUUCGCUGACAUGGACCUGCUUCACCGCGUGGUGGCACCUGGGGUUCGCAUGGCUCUCAAGCUUCACCAGGACCAUUUCACGUCUCCUGAUGAGUAUGAGGAGCCAGCAGCCCUGUAUGACGCCAUUGCGGCCAAUGAGGAGCGGCUGGUCAUCUCCCACGAGGGGGACCCUGCCUGGCGCAGCGCCAUCCUCAGCAACACGCCCUCCCUGCUGGCCCUGCGCCACGUCAUGGACGACGCCUCCGAUGAGUAUAAGAUCAUCAUGCUCAACCGACGCCACCUCAGCUUCCGGGUCAUCAAGGUAAACCGAGAGUGUGUGCGUGGGCUGUGGGCUGGGCAGCAGCAAGAGCUGGUGUUCCUGCGCAACCGCAACCCUGAGCGUGGCAGCAUCCAGAAUGCCAAGCAGGCUCUCCGCAAUAUGAUCAACUCGUCCUGCGACCAGCCACUGGGCUACCCCAUCUACGUGUCACCUCUGACCACAUCUCUGGCUGGUAGCCACCCCCAACUGCGGGCGCUGUGGGGUGGUCCUGUCAGCCUGGGUGCCAUUGCCCGGUGGCUCUUGCACAGCUGGGAGAGACUUCAUAAGGGCUGUGGCGCUGGCUGUAAUAGUGGUGGGAAUGUGGAUGACUCGGACUGUGGCGGGGGUGGUGGCCUGGCCUCCCUCAGCAAUAACCCCCCCUUGGCACACCCUACACCUGAGAAUACAGCAGGCAGCAGUGAACAGCCACUCCCACCAGGUCCUAGCUGGGGGCCACGGCCUUCCCUCAGUGGCUCUGGUGAUGGACGGCCCCCUCCUCUGCUGCAGUGGCCUCCCCCUCGGCUUCCUGGACCACCCCCUGCUUCACCUGCUCCCACUGAGGGUCCCCGGCCUUCAAGACCUUCUGGCCCUGGUCUCCUCAAUUCUGAGGGGCCCAGUGGGAAGUGGAUUCUGGGGGCUCGGAAGGGACUGGGAGGACCUGAUGGAGAGCCAGUCUCAGGGAGCCCCAAAGGAGGCACUCCCAAAUCUCAGGCCCCUCUAGACCUCAGCCUCAGUCCUGAUGUCAGCUCUGAGGCCUCACCUGCCAGAACAACGCAGGACAUUCCUUGCUUGGACAGCAGUGUUCCUGAGAGUUGCACACCCUCCGGUGCCCCAGGUGACUGGCCUGCCCCUGUUGAGGAACGAGAGAGCCCAGCUGCCCAGCCCUUGCUGGAGCAUCAGUACUGAGUAGCCUGUCCUCUGCUGGAUCUCAUCCCAGGACUCAGUAACUCAGACUCUGCUGGAUCACAGAACUGAUUGCCUUUGGCUCUGGUGUCUGCACCCUGAUAUCUGGCUACUUCAGACUGUCAGAACUGAGUGACCCAGACUUCUCUCCCUGAUCCGUGGCCUGGAAACCCCAAAUUGAGGCAGCAGCCUCCUAGCCAGGCCCCAAGAGCCAAACCCAUGGGCUGGUCCCUCUUUGAGCCCAUGGCCUGGACUGACUUUGCCCCUGGGCCUGCACUGCCCACAAGGCUGGCCUCUUUAGCCUGGACCUGGGGCCUGACACGUGGCAAGGGUGGGUUCAUUCGUUCUUUUGUCAUUUUUCUUUCCUUUUUUUUUUCUGUGCUUCAGAGACACCAAAUUAAUAACACUAUUUUUGAUUUUG